AUGGCGGAGGAAGGAUACAUCACUGUUGAAGCUCCUUCCACCCAGGGCUUCUCCGUCAGGAACGGCAGCAAGUUCCUUGGGAAGACUGGUCUCUUGAUCUGCCAGUGCAACGAUGAAGCUGUUGGCGUUUGGGCUGCUCCUGAUGAGCUCUGGAGUUGUUGUUAUUUGUUGAUUUUGGAAAUGUCUUUUGCCCAGCCAGGCACAGCUGAUCGAAUAAUUGGAGGGUACGUUUGUCCGCAACAGUCCAGACCUUACCAGGCGGCCAUUGUAACCGGACGCAGAGGCAACUGGAACAUUUAUUGUGGAGGAAGCUUAGUGCAUCCAUGUUGGGUGCUCUCAGCAGCCCAUUGCAGACCCAGACCCGGAAUGAAGGUGUGCUUAGGAAAGCACAACUUGAAGAGGGUUGAACAGGGAGAACAGUGCUUGGAUAUCGCUGAAGUUAAAGUGUACCCUGGGUACAACCGGAGACAAAAUGACAAGGAUUUCAUGCUUCUCCGACUUCGCCCCUGUGCCAGACUUUCCGAAACUGUAAAGACUAUCAACCUACCUACAAGCAGCCCUACUGACGGGAGUGUAUGCAGUGUCUCGGGCUGGGGUACCAUCAGAUCUCCUCAAGCUCAGCUUCCAGCUCAGCUGCAGUGUGCAGAUGUCAACGUUGUCCCAACAUCACAGUGUAAUAUGGCGUAUCGUGGUGCUAUUACACCGUUCAUGAUGUGUGCUGGAGUACAGGAAGGAGGCACAGACUCUUGCCAGGGUGACUCUGGGGGCCCACUCACCUGCGGGGGGCAACUCGAAGGUGUGGUUUCUUGGGGAACACAAGUGUGCGCACAGAGAGGGAACCCGGGUGUGUAUGCAAAAGUGUGCUGUGUCGUGCCAUGGAUCCGGGAGACAAUCAAUCAGAAUUCAUGAUGAACCUCAACGGAAGAAAAAGCUUCAGCCAAAAGACCCUGAAAUCAGGGGAGGGAAAAGUUUCAGGAAAAAGGCCCUGGCGAUCAAUUGUCCCCCUUGCACAUCAGUUUUUUCCUUCCUUUGCUGGUGAAGGAUGUUCCACCUUUGGCAAAGUUUGGCCAAGCUCCACCCAAGGCUGGCUCUAAGCUAUUUUUUCUGCUGAAAAUGAACAUUAGUUUGGUUGUACCACCCAUUCCUCAUUGUGUUGUAUUAGGGGGACAGUAUUUGUAUGCGUUAUAAGUUAAUGGAGUGAAUGAGAAAGGUUGUAAGAGGGGAAAUUAAGACAGGGUUUAGGACACCCUGAAAGGUUGUAAGAGGGGAAAUUAGGACAGGGUUUAGGUGACUGUGGAAUGACCUUGUUUUAAGAAGGAGGAGAUUUCCAAGAAAAUGCAGUAUAAUAAUACACUUUAUUAUGUUGAUUUAAAGAAAAAACCCACCCUGG